CUGACUCCUCCCGCCCCUUCGAGAUUUUCCGACGGCCGGACGCACACCCGAGGCCGUUCUCCGUCCUCGCCCGUCGCGCGUCGCCUUCCGCUGCACACUCGGUGGGCGGCGAGCUCUGAGGCGUCUGCCGCCCCCAGUCCUCCGCCUGAACGAGACCGGGGGGCCGCAAGCGUGUGCCCGGGCGCUGGGCGGGCGGCGGCCGUCCCACCUCACCCGCCUGACCGCGGACUGACGGAGCCCCCGCCCGGCAGCCCCCUGACAGCCGCGGAGGCCGGGCCGGGGGGCUGGGUGCGGGGAAGCUGGAGCGACCCUCGGGUCGGACGCGCCAGACCGCGGGGAACCGUCAGCAGUUCCGGGUCAGGAGGGCGCCAGCCAGCACCAGCCGCCCGGCGCCAGGAGGAGGAACGGGAACCGGAGCAGCCGACCGACCGAGUGACCGGAGCCAGGCGGAAUGAACUUCAUGAGCUUAAAACACAAAUAGCAUCUGUCUCUGCAGAAACUAAAGAAACAGAAAGGCAAAUUUAUCAGCAAGAUGCUGCCAUACAGACUACCAAACUUCAGUGUGGAAACCUGGAAAAUCAAAUCAAAUCCUUACAUACAGAAAAUGUGAAGCUUAAAUUUGACAUAGAGGCAGCACAAGAAGAUUUUGAGGAACAAAUGAUAAGAUAUAAUGAAUACUAUGCAAAAAUAAAAGCACAUAAAGAUAGUUUGAGAGAGGUAGAGAGCAAAUGGUCAUUCAUGACUGAACUCAAUGAGAAACGAGACCUUGUUAAAAAACUAAAGACAAUGAAAGAGGAACUUAUGCAGGAUCUCCAAAAUCCAGAAGGAAACCUGAUGAAACAAGUACAGGAAGACAUUACAAACCUAAAGGAUAAAAUUAUAACUGUAAAAGAAUCCAUCAUUGAAAAAACUUGUUUUCUUGAGGAAGAAAAAAAGACACAUGAAAACUUAAGAAAAGAAAUAGAGGUACAACGUAAGAGAUAUGGUGCAAUUCUUAAGCGUUUGCACUGUCAGGUGAACAAGCUUCAGUCAGAUAGAAGACGAUGGCAAUGGAACAUUCAACAGCUGCAAAAAACUGCAGCUGAACUGAGAAAAUGCAUUGGAACGAAAGAUUAACAUGGCCAAGGGUAAUGUAGUAUAGGGUAAUGCUGAGCACAGACUAUGCCACAAAAAUUAUGGGAUAGAAAGGUGAGAAUAUCCUUUGGGUCUUAACAAAUGACAUCCACUAUCAGAGGGCUCUCUUAAUGACAGAUAUGUUUUCUUUUCUUUGAAUCAGUCAUCUGUUUGCUGAAAUGCCUUCCAACCCGAUAAUUGAUAGCAAUAGAGAGACAAUAGGAAGGCUCACAGAAGAAUAGUGAAAGACUCUGUAUGAAUAUUUUGAGUGUAUAAGAUAUAUUGUACUCAUGAAUGCCUGUUUAUAAACAUGUUGCCUUCACUAGCACAUGAAGCAAAAAUUUAGAAGAAAAGAAGCAUUUGAAUUUACAGUGGUUUAAAUUGUUAAGAUAUUUUAAAUGGUUGUCUGUUUCAAACUACCUGAUUUUUACCCCUGGCUUCAAAGCAGUCCAUAAAUGUUGACAUUUAUAAUAAGGUUGUUAUGUGUUCAAGGCUUCAGAUAUUUACCUAGUUUUUCUCUUUUAUCCAGAAGGUAACAAUCAUUUUUCUUUGCUGUUGGAUAACAUAUUUUUAGAGUGUUGCAAUGUAUACAAUUUUUUGUUCACUUUUCUGUCUGUAUGUUCUUUCUUACUAUUCUAUAGCUAAAUUGAAUUUAUAACAUCAUGUAAGGCAAACAUACCAGCUCUUAAUGUUAACCAAUGUAGACUAACAUUUUUUUUCUCAUUGAAAGUCAUAUACUAUGUCCACAGCAACAAACUUGUGCCUUUUAGAAUAAAAGCGCUCCUUGUUGUGGC